GGCCAGCCAGGGUUGAGGAGGGGGGGAGGCAGGGUGAGAGGAGGGGUUGAAGGGGAGUGAAGGGUGAUUUGUAACUGGAACAGAGUAGAGCACUAGGCUGUUCAAUGAGCUGAGAGACGUGUGUGUGUGUGUGUGUUGGUGUUGGGUUUGCCCCUAACCAGCCCUUCUCUACAGGAUUUCCUGAGCAAACACGGAACUGAAACCAUCACUUAUAUUGUAACAAUUUAAGAUCAGAGUUACUUCCUGAGGCAGAACACAUUGUGCGGGACCCGACUGGAACACUGCACUUCUGUUCAGACGAGCGACCCACAGCCUUACAGCUAGCAGGUCCCUCCCAGGAUGAACGCAACCCCCGUUGCCACAGCGCUGAGAAACGGCACUCUGGAGAUGCUUAUCAGCCCGCUGAUGACACGUGCUGUGCCGUCUGUCUACCUGCUGGUCUUCAUCUGCAGUACCCCCUUCAACCUGGUGUCCCUGGUGGCGCUGGUGAGCAUCCCCUGCAGACGCCACAGUCCCACCAGCCUAUUUGCUGUGAACCUGGUGCUGGCAGACCUGAUGUACAGCGCGUCGCUGCCUCUGCAGGUUCUGUACCAUUUCCAGGGCAACGACUGGCCGUGGGGCUCCUUCCUGUGUGGCGCCUCCACCCUCCUGCUCCACUGCAACAUGCAUGUGUGUGUCCUCACCACCUGCACCAUCUCCCUGGAGCGCUACUGUGGAGUGGUGUGGCCGCUACGCACCCAGCACUGGCGCACCUCACCCCGUGCAGCCGCCACAUGCCUGCUCAUCUGGGUGCUGGUUCUAGUCACCCAGACCCCCUUGCUGCAGCACAACCUCACUCUGAGGGUCGCACAGCUCAACAUCACCACCUGCUUUGACGUGGUUCCUCGCAGGCUGUUCCACAGCACGCCCCUAGCAUACCUUUACUUCAUAGCUAUCAUGGUUCUGUUCUACUUAAUUCCGCUCAUCAUCCUGAUUGGCUGUUAUGUUGCCGUGGUGAGGACCCUGCGCAAGUCAAGGGUGCUGGAUAAAGGAGAAAGGGAGACAGCGUCCCUGCGGCGGGCGCAGGCCGUGGUGGCCGUGACGGGUGCAUGCUUCGUGACCUGCUACCUGCCGAUCAUCAUCCUCCAGGCGGUCCACUUUGUCCUCAGCUCCCAGAGCCGCAGUCUGUACGCCGGCUACAAGCUGGCUCUGGCCUUCAACAGCUUCCACUGCUGCUUUGACCCAGUCCUCUACUACUGCUCCUCCUGGCAGUUCCGCCAGAACCUGAGGAGCCUGCUGGGGGGGGGGCCUGUGGGAGAGGGGGUCUGCAGGGCGGAAGAGCCUGCAGAAAAGGAAGGGAGGAGCCUAUGUGAGGAGGAGUCUGCAGGAGGGGGAGGAGUCUGCCAUGAAAAAAAUAAGUAAUGUUUUACCUUUUCACAACAGGAUUAGUUAUCAUUGAUACUUUCCAAAAUUGAGAUCAGGAAGAGACUUCAUAUUGUACCACGCUUAUUUGAGGGAGUUAGAACUUCAGAGUCACUGUUGCUGUGGAUUCACGUCUUUUUGAAGUUUAGUAUCGCAGAAUUCUCCAGUAAUCCUCAUGUAUUGAUAGGCUACCCAAUAUCACAAGCCUUCAUUCCUGGAGCCAUGAGGAAAAUAAUUUUCCAAAGUUUAGAAGGCAGCAAAGGUGGCCUAGGUGAGGAAUAGCUGUGUGAGCUUCUAACAUCUCCAAGACACUUAUCCAGGAUUUAAAUCCAGCACAGCCAAAGCACACUUUACUUAGAUAUGAUCUGUAGUUGUUGGCCUAGCUGGGUGGUAUGUCUCCAACAGCAGCAUGUUGCUAUAGUAACCUGUCUCCUCUGGUGUGACCCUGUUAUCACAUGUUGCUAUAGUAACCUGUCUCCUCUGGUGUGACCCUGUUAUCACAUGUUGCAGCAGUUCAACAGCUGAACAGGAUUGACUUUUGAUCCCAAUAGAUCUGUGUGUUCUGUUAGACAGAAAACACAAACUCAACAUGCUUGGUGAGCAGAAAUAUGUAGGCAAGGAACGAUCACUGGAGAAACAAGUGUGCUAUACCAAAUGUCCUUCCAGGAGCAGGGGGGACAGGGGGAGCAGGGGGGGCAGGGACGUGGACAUCUGGUAUAGUAUAGGGACAGAGAAGAUCAGCCAGUUCGCGGAACUGCUUUCUAAUUGCUGUGUUUGUCUGCAGCAAAUACAGGAACUGACAACAUGUCUCCUCUCCCUUCCUCUUCAGCAUGUCUAGAAGUCUGAUCGCUUUGUUUUCUCCAGUAAGCGAGCAGUUGUCCAUCUUCCACAAUGAUAGGAGAGUGAAAUCAGAAAGACACAAGUCUUCAUUUCAUGAACAAUUAAACAUUCUUUAAAAUCCAAGUGAAUAAUUGAAAUGUUUUCUAUUAAAGGUCAUUUUGUCCAUAAAAAGCAACUAGAAAGUUUAAACUUGUCAAAAAAGAGAGAAUGCAACAUCAUGCAAGACUAUAUAAAUGUCAUUCAGAAUCUGAAUUUAAGAUUGAUCUGCCUAUUAAACAUGAUUCCUUUUGUAUUUGUUCUGUACAAUUGUUCAAACCUCAUACCAGAUUAUUGUAGU